AUGGCAUCGAGUAAUGAUGGCGACAAAAAGAGCAUCUCGGCUUAUGGGGCGGCCAGGUCGACUGUCCAGCCAGAGAAGCCCCUCAGCCCUGAGGAGAUCCGUAAGAUAGAUGCAUAUUUUCAAGCCAGUUUAUAUCUGUGUUUGGGUAUGCUUUAUCUGCGCGACAACCCUCUUCUUAGGGAACCCCUCAAGCCCGAACAUAUCAAGGCCCGGAUUCUGGGACAUUGGGGCUCUGACGCUGGCCAAUCAUUCACAUGGAUUCACGCGAACCGCUUGAUAAAAAAGUAUGGCCUUGACGUGCUAUACAUCUCCGGUCCCGGUCAUGGGGCGCCUGGGAUUCUGUCUCAAUCAUACCUUGAGGGCGUCUAUACCGAAGUCUAUCCGGACAAGACUCAAGAUGAAGAUGGAAUGCGAGGGUUUUUCAAACAGUUCUCCUUUCCAGGUGGAAUUGGGAGCCAUGCAACACCGGAGACACCCGGCAGCAUUCAUGAAGGUGGAGAACUAGGAUACUCUAUCUCUCAUGCGUUCGGAACUGUUUUCGAUCAUCCCGAUCUGAUCACCGUUGCUGUAGUUGGCGAUGGCGAGGCAGAAACGGGGCCAUUAGCCACGAGCUGGCACAGUACAAAGUUCUUGAACCCGGUCACAGACGGGGCUGUUCUCCCAGUGUUGCAUCUGAACGGAUACAAAAUCAAUAACCCGACAAUUCUAGCACGCAUUAGCCAUGAAGAGCUGACAUCCUUGUUUUGCGGCUAUGGGUGGACGCCGUAUUUUGUUGAAGGCAGUGAUCGCCCAAGCAUGCACGAAGCAAUGGCAGCCACUAUUGAGCAUUGCAUCUUAGAAAUCAAAAAGAUACAACAACAAGCUCGAGCGGCUAAAAAGGCAUUCCGACCUCGCUGGCCCAUGAUUAUUCUUCGAACCCCAAAGGGAUGGACUGCUCCAAAAGAUGUGGAUGGCCACAAGCUCGAGGGCUUCUGGCGGGCACAUCAGGUCCCUAUAACGAAUGUCGCAACAAAUCCAUCACAUUUGAAGCUUCUCGACUCAUGGAUGCGAAGCUACAAACCAGAAGAGCUCUUCGACAAAAACGGUAGAUUGAUUUCCGAGCUUAGGGCUCUGGCCCCAGAGGGAAAUGCGCGUAUCAGUGCGAACCCUGUAGGAAAUGGCGGCAUUCUCCGGAAGCCACUCGAUAUGCCUGAUUUUCGACAAUACACAUUUCCAGAGAUAGAAGCCGGAGUGACCACCGCAGGCAGCAUGACCAAUAUGGCCAAGUUUAUGCGAGAUGUCAUUGCAAUGAACGGUACUAGUUUCCGUCUUUUCGGACCCGACGAGACCGAGUCCAACAAACUUGGCGAGGUAUACAAAGCUUCGAAAAAGGUCUGGCUUGGAGAGUACUUUGAUGAGGAUCAGGAUGGAGGUAAUCUGGCAACAGAAGGCCGCGUCAUGGAAAUGCUCAGUGAGCAUACCGUUGAGGGCUGGAUGGAAGGUUAUGUCCUCUCGGGAAGACAUGGUGUGCUCAAUAGUUAUGAGCCGUUCAUUCACAUCAUUGACUCCAUGGUAAACCAGCACUGCAAGUGGCUUGAGAAAUGCCUAGAAGUUGAAUGGCGCGCAAAGGUUGCUUCUCUCAACAUUUUGUUAACGGCGACUGUCUGGAGGCAAGACCACAAUGGCUUCACACAUCAAGACCCGGGUUUCCUCGACGUUGUUGCAAACAAAAGCCCAGAGGUAGUCCGGAUUUACCUACCUCCAGACGGAAACUGCCUUUUGUCCGUGAUGGACCAUUGCCUCCGCAGUGUGAACUACGUCAAUGUCAUUGUAGCCGAUAAGCAAGAGCAUAUCCAAUUUCUCGGGCCGGAAGACGCUAUUCAGCAUUGCACAAAAGGCGCUGGGAUCUGGGACUGGGCCAGCAAUGAUCAAGGCUGCGAAACGGACAUUGUUUUUGCAUCGUGUGGCGAUGUAGCAACCCACGAAGCUCUAGCAGCGGCUGCUCUGAUUCGAGAGUAUUUACCGUUCUUGGCCGUCCGCUUUGUCAACGUUGUAGAUCUCUUUCGACUCAUUUCCGAGAGUCAGCAUCCGCAUGGAAUGUCAGAUCGAGAGUGGAAAUCCCUGUUCACGGUGGACAAACCCAUAAUCUUCAACUUUCACUCUUAUCCCUGGCUGGUACAUCGCAUGACCUACAAGCGGCCCGGCCAGCACAAUCUGCACGUGAGAGGCUACAGGGAGAAAGGGAACAUCGACACACCGUUUGAGUUGGCAAUACGGAACCAAACAGAUAGAUACAGUUUGGCCAUUGAAGCUAUUGACCGAAUUCCAUCUCUAGGAAAUACAGCUUCUUCUGUGAGAGAGAAGUUCAUCCGCCUCCGAUUAUCAGCCAGUUCAGCGGCAUACGAAAACGGGAUUGAUCCAGAACACAUUCGCAACUGGCGAUGGCCUUUCCCAAUAAGAGAAUGA